AGCACGGCAGGGGCGGGGCGUGGGAUUCGGAGUGCGCAUGCGUACUAUGCGGGCUCCCGGAAGUCGGGCCAUGGCGUCUCUCCGGGAAGCGACCCUGCGGAAACUGCAGCUGUUUUCGGAGAUGAGAGGUAAACCCGUAGUGGCUGGAAAAUUCUGGGAUGUAGUUGCAAUAACAGCAGCCGAUGAAAAGCAGGAGCUUGCUUACAAACAACAGUUGUCAGAGAAGCUGAAGAGAAAGGAAUUGCCCCUUGGAGUUCAAUAUCAUGUUUUCACUGAUCCUGCUGGAACUAAAAUUGGAAAUGGAGGAUCAACACUUUUUUCUCUUCAGUGUCUGGAAAGCCUCUAUGGAGAUAAAUGGAAUUCUUUCACAGUCCUGUUAAUUCACUCUGGUGGCUACAGUCAACGGCUUCCCAAUGCAAGUGCUUUAGGAAAAAUCUUCACAGCUUUACCACUUGGUGAGCCCAUUUAUCAGAUGUUGGAGUUAAAACUAGCCAUGUACAUGGAUUUCCCCUCACACAUGAGGCCUGGAGUUUUGGUCACCUGUGCAGAUGAUAUUGAACUCUACAGUGUUGGGGACUCUGAGUACAUUGCAUUUGACCAGCCUGGCUUUACUGCCUUAGCCCAUCCGUCUAGUCUGGCUGUAGGCAUAACACAUGGAGUAUUUGUCUUGGACUCUGCCAGUUCCUCACAACAUGGUGACCUUGAGUACAGGCAAUGCUACCGUUUCCUCCAUAAGCCCAGCAUUGAAAAAAUGCAUCAUUUUAAUGCUGUGCAUAGACGCGGAAGCUUUGGUCAACAGGACUUGCCUCGGGGUGACACAGCCAGUCUUCCAUUGCACUCUGAGUAUGUCUACACAGAUAGCCUAUUUUACAUGGAUCAUAAAUCAGCCAAAAAGCUACUUGACUUUUAUGAAAGUGUAGGCCCACUGCACUGUGAAAUAGAUGCCUAUGGUGACUUUCUGCAGGCACUGGGGCCUGGAGCAACUGCAGAGUACACCAGGAACACAUCACAUGUCACUAAAGAAGAGUCCCAGUUGUUGGACAUGAGGCAGAAAAUAUUCCACCUCCUCAAGGGAACACCACUGAAUGUUGUUGUUCUUAAUAACUCCAAAUUUUAUCACAUUGGAACAACGGAAGAAUAUCUGCUUCAUUUCACUUCUGAUAGUACAUUAAGGUCAGAGCUGGGCUUACAGUCCAGCGCUUUCAGUGUCUUUCCAAAUGUGCCUGAAUGCCCCCAUGAGACACCCUGUGUCAUUCACAGUAUACUGGAUUCACGAUGCUAUGUGGCCCCUGGCUCAGUUGUAGAGUAUUCCAGAUUGGGGCCUGAGGUGUCCAUUGGGGAAAAGUGCAUUAUUAGUGGUUCUGUCAUAGUGAAAGCUGUGCUGCCUCCAUGUUCUUUCAUGUGUUCUUUAAGUCUGCAGAUAAACGGACACUUAGAAUACUCAACUAUGGUGUUUGGCAUGCAAGACAACUUGAAAAGCAGUAUUAAAACCAUAUCAGACCUAAAAAUGCUUGAGUUCUAUGGAGUCUGUUUUCAGUCUUGUUUAGAUAUUUGGAACCUGAAAGCUACAGAGGAACUGUUCUCAGGAAGUAAGACACAUCUGAGCCUGUGGACUGCUCGAAUUUUCCCUGUCUGUUCUUCUCUGAGUGAAUCGGUUGCAGCAUCCCUUGGGAUGUUAAGUGCUGUACAGAGCCUUUCACCAUUCAGCCUGAGCAACUUUAAGCUGCUAUCCAUCCAGGAAAUGCUUCUCUACAAAGAUGUACAAAACAUGCUAGCUUAUAGGGAGCAAAUCUUUCUAGAAAUUAGUUCAAAUAAGAAAAAGUCUGAUUCAGAGAAAUCAUAAGUACAAUAUAUUUUGCCUAUGAACAGGAUUGCAAAUGCAGGCAUUUUCUAUAAACCUCUGACUUUUCUUUCU